AUGUCUGCAAUUACGCUCUUUUCCAGGUCUAUUCGUCGCACCACGACACUCUAUUUCGUCUCAGGUAUCGUAAUCUUGAAGAUGCAUACGUCGUCGACGAGAGUCAUCAAAUCACCGAUACCCUUUGCGAGCUGCUUUGAUUCCGAAGAGAGCGACGUCAUUGUUCUAGCAGAAUUGCAAAUCGUGUUCUUUUCACUAUACAAAGCCACAGAAAGCUUCAGAAAUUGGGGUCGCAAUAAUCGAUUACUCGAGAUCCUCAUCCAGUACAACAUAUUCUACUUUACUUGUGGAUUGUGUUCUUCUGUUGUUGUUACUAUCCCGACAACGGCCCUGUUGCAGGUCAGCGCUUCCUCUUUACUGGAAAUCUGUGUUGACGGGACAUCCCAAGCCAUCGCAUCGUAA